CCCAGCCUUGCACACAUGGAACUUCGUAUUGCGUUGCGUGACCAUUUUACUUCCUAAAAUAAAAAAUACCAACAAAUAAGCCGUUGCUACCUACGUCUUGACUACCUAGGUGAUGUAUUGCCUUUGUAAGGCAAAUACACUCAGGCAAUUCAUACGCAAUGUUGCCCAUAUAGAAGUGGAACCGGCUUUUCGCCAUGCCUUUCCAAGAUCGCCAUUCGAGAAGUCGAGACGGGGAUUGAGCACUUUCAACGCUCUGCGCAUGCAACAGACCUCACGUCACUUGCAAAAGUCGACAGACGGGGAAGGUGAAUCCUCUGCAUAUACGGCUACACCCACUUCCGAGAGCGACAAGGCCACGCCUUCGCAAGAGGGCAGCCAUGCUCCAGCGCCAGCUUUUUUCGAAAUUACACCAGAUAUAAUAGACCAAUUGGCAGCAGGGGCCGCAAAAGACGCCCCAAAAAGAGUCGAACAGCCUCUUGAGCCUCUCGAGCGCGAAUACCGGGAGCGGACACCUGAGCGGCGCACAAACAGGAGGGAAACCCCUGACAAAUUUGCGAGGAAACCUUUUAACAGAGCAGCUCCCGUAAACCCAUACCAAGACGACUCUUCCGCCCCUCGAAAGAACUUCCGCUCCAAGUACUCAGAGGACCCGGAAGUCCCCACCCGCUUCCCCAAGAAGACCACCAAAAAAGAAGAAGACGACUGGACCCCCCCCCCGCGCCUCCCCUGGCAAAGCCAAAAAGCCGCCCUCCAAGAAAAAUUCUCCGAAGGCUGGGCCCCCCGCAAGCGCCUCUCCCCCGACGCCCUAGCCGGCAUCCGCGCCAUCAACGCGCAGUUUCCCGAGCAAUAUACCGUUCCCGUGCUCGCGGCGAAAUUCGAGGUCUCGCCUGAGGCUAUUCGAAGGAUCCUGAAGAGCAAUUGGAGGCCCGAUGAGGAGGAGGAGGAGGAUCGGAAGAGGAGGUGGUAUAAGAGGGGGCAGCAGGUGUGGACGAGGUAUGCGGAGUUGGGGCUGAAGCCGCCGAGGAGGUGGAGGGAUGAGGGGAUUGGGAAGAGGGAGAAGGGGUGGAAGAGCAAGGAUAAGGAGGAGAGGGAUAAGGAGAGGGAGACGAUGAGUACGACUUGGAAUCCGAGGUUGACGAGGAAGCCGGAGGGGGAUGGGUUUGUGUGAUUGGAAUAAAGGGGGGGACGUGUAUGGUAUAGGAGGAAUGCAUUUAUCUGGGCGCAAGGGAAAAUUGUUGUAGGAUAUUAUGUAGGAUAUUAUUGUACGAUAUUGUAGGAUAUGGAUAUCAGCGGUCCGCUUGAAACAAAUAUAUAAGAACUCAAGUUUAUAUGGCCGAC